AUAAAUAAUCCGGAUCAACUGGGCCCCAGAAGACCCACCCAUGAAAAUUUUGAUUAUAGUCAUGGAUUUCCUAGGGGCCCACCUCUACCAGGAAUGGGUAUUAUUGUUCCAGGGCAGCCAGCACCUCCAUUUCCUAGACCACCAGUUGUAUGUAGGCCAUCUCUUCCUGAUGGAUCCCAUGCACCUCCACUACCUCCUCUACCACCUCAUGGUCCCAUACUGCAUCAUCCCCCUCCUCUUCCACAUCCCCCUCACAUUCCUCCUCCUCGCCCUCCGAUGCUUCCUCCUACUCCACAUCCUCACAUUCCUAACUUACCCAUACCACCCAAUAACCCGUAUUCAGUACCGCCUCCUACUGAGGCUAAAUCACAUCGUCCUCCACCUCCUAGUACUCAGAGGACAGACUCCACAAUGCACCCUCCAAGAUCAACACAGCCCAGGCAUUGUCCACCACCGCUCCCAGGUACACAGACAACACGGCCACCACCUCUCCCUCCUAACAGUUUUACAGUACAACCUCCACUCCCUCCUCUGCCUCCUCUACCGCCUUCACCUAAGGUUGAGCUAUCAAAGCCACCUCCUCCAAAUGAACCACCACCAUUUAUCCCAGUCAAAAAGACUCGUGAGCCUUCUGCAUCUCCACAGUCCUCAAAAGUGGAGUCAUUUACCAAGUCAUCCCACUCAACAAAAAUAGGAACCCCAAGCUCCUCAAAGCAGUCAGGAACCAGGAGAUUUUUUUCUAGUACUCCAGAUAUUGAACAUGCAAAACCCAUCCCAAGUAUUGUCUCAUCUCGUCCACCUGCCAAACCUGCCGUCCCCCAUGCUAGCAAUGGUAAUUCUAGGAUCCCUUGCCCUACGGUGCCUCCUAGUGUUACCCCAUAUACCAUUAUUCAAGCUUCUACACCUCCUCCUCCUCCACUUCCUCCCCCAGAUACUGUACAUCCUCCCUUCCCUCCUUUUAUGUGUUCUCCGACUACUUUUGAGGAAGAACCAUAUGAUCCUGAGGAAGCCACAUUUUCCCCAGCCUCCAGUGAUGGUUCCUCCCCACUAGAGGAAAGUGCAGAAGACACUCUUAUCAAUAAGUAUGUGAGGAAACCGAGUAAAUUACGUUCAUCUGAGAAUUUCUCCAGUUCCCUCAAAACGUCAGAAAGAAUAAGAUGUGACAACAAGAAAAAGAAAGUUUCUUUUUCUAAAGACGUAUCAUUUUCUUCAAAAAUAAACAAAUCACAAACAGACUCUCCUGCCAGACCAAACUUAGAUACUCGGCUGAAGAUCAUGUUUGGAACUGUAGAAGAAGAUGCGUCAAAAAAAGCCAGAAAGUCUUUGUCCCACGCGUUGUCGCCCAACUCGAAGUCGGAGAACGAAGUGGAAGAGCAGGAGAGGCCACUGUCUCCUACCCCAUCUCCAUUUGUGUCUAGACAUAUGUAUCUCUACUGGCAUAAGGAAACAAUCAAAGCAAGAAAAGCAUCCAAGCUGUCAAGUGUUGACUUUGUAAAUUCUAAUACAAGCACUCUAAGUGUUAAGCCACAACUAAAUGGACAGGUUUUAAUGUCAAUACCUCCAUUAAAGGGUAUGCCUCCACUUCCAAAAAACCUUCCAACUGUUCCCCCUCCAAACUACAAGAGUUCUCUAACAGAACCUUUUGCAAUUAAAGAGGGUAGCCUUAAAGCAGAGCUAAUUUUGAAAAAUAUCAACCGUAUGCACCCAUAUAAGAUCAAUGAUUCUAAGGGCUAUGUUCUGAAAAAUUCACUGGACUCCGAGUUAGAACUAACAAGUGAAGCAAUGCCAGGUGAGUCGAGUGAUGAAGAAAUGUCGGGCGUGCGUGGGAACGAUGAUCAUGAAAAUGUAACGGUUAAUCUUGUGAUGGCAAAAAUUGUUGAAGAACUUAAGCAGGUAAUUCGAGAAGAACUAACUAAAAAAAUUGUAGAAAAAAGGGUUAAAGUGUGCCUUGACAAGGAUAAAAAAUGUUAGGAGGAUGAUGAUGGUGAAAGUUUUUGCACACUUAGUACAAACCAAUACAGUACAGAAAAGAAUCUUCUCCACAAUAUUUUAUAUAUAGUUUAGCUGUGGUAAUUCUUCUUAACAUGGCAAUGAUUAAUACAGUUGUGUUUAUAUUCAAUCAUACAUUAAAGCAUUAUACACAGACUUGAACUAGAUAUCUGAUUAUACAGUACAGUACUGUGAUGUCUAAGUGUGUAAACUGAGUCUGAAGCUUGCAGUGUGAGGUCUCUUAGCAGUUUUGUUGUGAUAAUUUGCAUAAUCUGAACUUAAAAUAGGCUCAGAUAUGUUUCAUUAACUAUACUUUCAGGUAAUAGUAUUACUUCGCGGUGGUAAGGUUGCUCUGUUAAUUGAUGAAUAAUUUCCUCAACAUAUUUUUUCUUCACAUCAUCUUGACAACAUUGUAAGUUUGGUCAAACCAAUAUCAGUAUUGAUGACAACUAAUGUUUUUAUAUUUUGGAACAUUUGACGUUGUAUGAUGCAGCCACUUAACUGAUCAUGUCAUAGACACAAAAUGAAUGUAGUGAAGAAUAUUCACAAGGAUAUUAUUGUAUUAUACUUCAAUUUUUUUUUUUUUUAAUGCAGAUCAUCCUCCUACAGCUCAUGUAACUAGAAGCAUAUUAUGACAUACUCAAUUUAUUUACAUACAAAUUGAUUAGUAAUGCCAGGACCCCUAUGUGUGUUUCACUCAUUUUAUGAUAUCUCUGCAUUGGAAUUCAUUAUCAUAUAUUAUCAGUGCUGUAUGUUCUCUGGAUAUAUAAAUUAAAUAUCAGCACAAGUGACCCUUUACUUGAAUGGCUAUUUUUUAAUAUAUUGGGAAAAUGUACAAGUUCAUAUAUAUUUUUAUUUGCACUUUCGUAUGACUGUUAGAAAUGUCAGUUGUUUGGUCAGGUUAACAGUUACCAGUUAAGUUUAUUACAUCGACUCAAGAAAGUAAGUCUUUAGGUAAAUAAAAAGUGCUUCAGGAGUUCUCACUUAUCUUCUUCAUUAUACUGUACUGUAUAGUUUAAUAUAUAAUCAGAGUAAUUAUCACUGGUUAGUUAUGGUAUAUAGAAGUUGAUACAUUUACAGUUAUAAAACUUUUAUUUUACUUGGAAAUCCCUGUGAUGCUGUAAAUGUAACAAAUUAAUGAUACAGUAGUCAUUAUAUUUGAAACUAUUCUUAAAAAUAUGCUUUAAUUAUAUUGUUAUUUUUUUAUUGUAUUUCUCAUAGUAAAGCCAAAAAGUGUAUCAGACCCUGUAACUUCAUUUUGAUCUUUGUUACUAUACUCACCAUUAUCCUUCAGAAGUUUUACAAAUUAUCUUUAUGAAGCAAAAGUUCAAAUUUAAUUAUGGUCAUAAAAUUGUUAUGAGAAAGUAGAUCAAGAUGAUUCUGUCUAUAUAUGGUAUUUUUGUGACCUGCAGAUAGUUCAACAAGUAUAUACCUGAGAAAUCACCUAAUUAAGAUGCUCCUGGCAGAAUCUGUCAUGUGGGAGGCUGUUUGUAUUCUUGAGAUGGACACUGUCCUUUUUGAUAUCUGGAAAUGCUGUGUAAACAACUACUCAUUUAAGAUAACCAUAGUUGACAAAGCAAGCUCAUACCCCAGCUUGGUAGUUACUUCAAGAUGUCAAGUCAUGAACUUGGAUCACACACCUGCCUCUGGCCUGCUGUCAACACAUUUUACCUGUGCCCCCUUGUACUCCUUUUAUAUUUUCUAAGGAUACUUUUCUCAAAAUUGUUGGUAGUGUAACCUUUUAAUUUUAUGACCUAAGAGGUUUGAGUCAAGUAAACUAGUAAAGGCCUCAUCCUUGUGCACCUAUUGACUCAUUGAUUUUUCAGUUAGGGUUGGAUCUUUCCUAAAUCUAAGUUUAGCUGGAAAAGUUACUAUUUAUGUCAACAAAACAAUGUCCCUGCUUCAAGACAGUUUCCUGGUCAAGGAGGGUUCUGCCAAGGAUUCUUCUGGGGGUGUGAUCUCUGAGGUUACAUAUCUUCCUCAUUAGCCAUAGAAUGGGAUUUCAUUCUGCAGUCCUUUGUUUUAUAAUAUGUGUAAAGCUCCAAAUUAAUAGCCAUCCAUCUUCUACUUAACAUUGCACAUAAUCAUGUCUGAAUUUCCAAAAUUAGCUAUUCUAAGGAUGAGCAUUUGGUGGUCAGUGCUAGGUGCUUAUUUGCUUUUAACCAUAUUUAACAUAUGUUAACAGACUAUACAGAUAGACAUACAGGAUGUGUGUAAUCAGUAAAUGUAGUGCAUAUUGAACUCUCUCAUUUUUAAAACAAUUUUGUUCCUAGCUAUGAGAUUUAAAAAAGAUUGUUUCAAAUGUCAUAAGUAUUUUGGAAACAGGUUUAUUAUGAGCUGUGAGUUGAAGAAGAUAUCAAUUUUAUUUUGACAAUUUAGCUGUGAAAACAUAUUUACAAGUGUCAAAUAAUUUUGGAAAUGUAGAUUUAUUUCUAGGUGUGAGGUGAAGAAGAUAUUUUCAAGUGUCAUAUAAUUUUGGACACCGGUUCAGUCCUAGGUGUGAGAUGAAGAAGAUAUUUUCAGUCAUCAUGUUGCUGAAGCUCUCCGCUGUCCUACACCUUUUUCUUAACUCUCCCAGGUUGUUGCCUCACUAUGCUGUGGAAAACUGUUCUCAAGCUACUAACUUAUUCCCAGGUGGUCUUCCUGACGAUGGACCAACCUUUCAGUGGCUUAGCAUUCUGUGAAGGGUGUAAGGUAAUCCAGUAAUUGCUGGAUGAGAGGAUCAGCAGCUGCUUGGUCACCCUGUACCAUAACAGAACACUCCUUUAUGACAGUGAAAGAAGAUCUCAAGUGGUGGUCCUCCAGCCAGUCAGGCAGUAGAGGACACUGGCAGUUUUACUACCAAAGAUGUACCAACGUAUAGACACUGACAUUGGGGACGAUGAACCGCUGCCACUUGAAAUGGGGUUUGCUACCAGCGAAUGCAGCCCAGCCCAGGGAAAAGACGCCACGGUUUGUUUAUGUUAUGAGAAGGCGCGGGCGACCCAGCAACAGGUGCGUACUGUACCAAGUAUUUUUAGCUCUAUUAGGGUGUGUUUGAAAGGUGGAGAAUAAUGGGUGUUAUGUGAAGAAUGUGAUGAAUGCGUGGGACAGUUUGUAAGCCAGAAUAAGGCUAAUAAAGGCAUUUUUCUACAGACACUCCUCCCCCGCCACCCCUGAAUGAGUCGGCGCCAAGCUGCCACCUCCUUGUUAUGCUGAUGGGUUGGGUUUGUUGUUAUGCACUGUACUGUUUAGUUCCUACUAAUGUGUUGUGCCAAUAUGUGAUCAUGACAACAGUUGAUGCUUGUUAGUAUGUACAAUGGCAUGACUAGUUAUGUCUGAUCUAGGUCCCAGCCUUUCCUUCCUCAGGUGAUUUCUAGAGUAAAUAAAGGAGAGAAAAUUACAAGUGUGUGUCCUAUCCCUGCUAUGAGAGCCCGCUCCUCUGUUCAAGCUACACUUGCAAUUGCUUGCAUGAGUAAGUAGGGAUUCAACCCUUCAGAGCAAAGAACAAGCAGCACUCAGGCAAUAAUUAAUAUACCAGAAAUCACCUGGGGAGGAGCACGGCACCACUGCCUGCUGAGGAUCGACAGCAAUGGAGUGAGCUUGGAUUGAUGAAGCAGUUAUUUAUGUAGAGGAGGACGGACCUAGAAGCCAAGCAUGAGUUACCCAUCCCCACACUACGCCCAGAGGAGAAUUUGAUCAACUUAAGAAGUUCGGAAGGUAGAAAUAGAAACUACUUCUCCAGGGAGAUGAGAACCAUGACUUGGUGUCCAGAUGAUGAAGCACCAUCAAUAUGGACAAGAGAAAUGAACAAGACUACAGAAAAGGAUGAAUAUGCCCUAAAUAAGUCAGUCUACCUAACAACAACAAGUUGUAUCGUGAAGAAGGAAGUGUUGGUUAGAUACGUCCACAUAAGUACUAAAACAGAUUAUAACGGUGAACUGAAAGUUUAUAUACUGUAGGAAUGAGGGAAGGACUUACUGACAUUGUCAUAAUAUGGUUGAACUUAGGUUAUUUUCGACAAUAGUUUCAUCUCAUUUGCAUAAUACAAUAUUUUCCUGUUGCUGGCACUGGAAUGAGAGAUCUUAGUUAAAGAAUUUGCUGUAAUUUUCAGUAAUUAUUACAUCUAUACAACCUGUUUGUAAUCAAUGAGUUUUUCCUCUGUGGACAAACUUUUGUAUUAUUAAAAAUAUUUGUAUAUGUUGAACAUGUUAAAAAUUUUAAUUUCUGAGGCAGUGUGUCACUGCUAGGGGUUGUGUGAGGCCACCAGGGGCUGUGAGAGGCCACCAGAGGUUGUUUAAGGCCAUGAGGGCUGUGUGAGGCCGCCGGGGGCUGUGUGAAGAUCCCAUGGUUGUGUGAGGCCACCAGCGGCUGUGUGAUGCCACUAGGGUACUGUUCGUGACUACGUGAUGAUGUGUGAGGCUUUUAGAGUGCUAUUUGUGCAUCUGAGGGGCUGCUAAUUGAUGCCUCGAAGGUCUACCUGAUGCUCCAUUGGGGCUCGGUGAUGCUGCCAGGGCUUGUGGGAGACUACCAGGGGCUGGAUGAGGUUGCUAGUUGUGUACAGCUAGUUGGGGCUUUUGAUGCCAUAAGAUGACACUAGUUGCAGUGACAGCCUUUACUCACUAGAGGCUGUCUGUCACUACUAGACACUGUGAGCUGCCAGGGGCUGGGUAAGGCUUCUCUGGUUGAGCACUUACUAGUGGUAGGCAAAACACGUCGACCAGGCUUGUAGCCUUGCAUGAUCCAGGUUAGGUCACUAUAAAGGGUGAACUAACCUGGUCCACAGCCUCUCGUGUGUCAUUCAAUAAAAAUUUUGCAACUAUUUGUAGUAACUUAUUUGUACCAUGUAUAUAAAAAUAAUUAUUAUUUUUCA